AUGGACAAGGAUGGGCGCCUCUCGAAGCAGACCAACUUGGCCAAGGCCGAGGAAAUCGCGAAGCGGAAGGGCAUCGUGCCAGUCAAGGAUAAGGUGAAGAAGCCGCGGAAGCGCACGAGCAAGCCGGCGACCGCAGCGGAGGAGCAGGCGCAGCGCCUCAGGCAGGAGCAGGAGCAGGAGCGCAGGCGGCAGGAGGCGGAGCUGGUGCGGAUGCGCAUGAAGGUCAUCGAGCAGCUGCAGCAGAUGGCCAAGCCGAUCUCCGCCACGUACGUGCACAACCUGACCGGCUUCGAUCUCGACAAGAUGAAGGAGCUGCGCGAGGACCUGCAGAGGAACCCCAAGGUGCGGUACGACCCGGAGAGCGGGACGUACGAGUACAGGUUCCGGUGGCUGUGCAAGGACAAGGAGGGCCUCCUGCAGAAGAUCUACCGCGCGCGGAGCAUCUACGCGGAGAGCGGCGAGACGCAGCCCAUCGUCGGCAUCCCGGUGAAGCAGUUGUCGGACGACCUGAGCAAGAGCUGGCCGGGCUGGGCGGACGCGCUGGACGAGCUGCUCGCGGAGGGCAAGAUCUUCCGCAUCCGCAGCACCUCCGCGAGCAUCAGCAAGGACGAGGUGGUGUACGCGCGCAACAUCCGGGACCCGGGGAGCGACGCGCUGGUCAAGGCGCUCGAGGUCGACCCGCGCCUGCAGCAGCUGUGGCGCACGCUCCCCGUGCCGCGGGAGCCGCUGGACUUCAUCGCGGAGGUCAGGAAGGCCGGCUUCGUCCCCGCGAAGCGCCUGCCGGACACGCAGGUCGAGGCGGGGGGCUCGCGGCGCAGCCGGCGACGCAAGCAGCGCGCCAUGCAGAAGGCGCUGGAGGAGGCGGGGAUGGUCCCGGGGCAGCCGGGCGCGCUGGAGCCGGCGCCGCCGUUCCCGUGA